AUGCGCAUUGCUGCUGCUGCUGCUGCUGCGGGCGACACCACAACUUCCACAGCAGCAACAGCAGCAGAGGGCGAAGAGUUGGUUGGCCAGUUACACGGGAACCGCGCAGCUGCCUUAUUUCACCUAAAGAAAUACAAAGAAUGCGUCGAUGAUUGCACAGCGGCUCUGAAACAAAGUCCCCUCAACCCCAAAUUCCUCCACCGCAGGGCAAUGGCCUGGGCGGCACAAAAAGAAACAGAAAAAGCACUCAGUGACCUCAGACAAACCUUGCAACUCCUGCAGCAACAGCAGCAACAAGAAAAGCAGCAGCAUCAAAAACAGCAACAGCAGCAGCAGCGGGACCAGCUGCACGAGGACAUGCAGCAACCGGAAUUGGGAGGUGUAGUUCCCGAUUCUUGUUUGUCUGCUGCUGCGUCGUCUCGUUUGUCGCUAAUUAGGCGAAUAGAGGCGGAGAUAAAGAAAAUACAAGCGCAAGCAGCAGAGCGGAUGAGACGGGAGCAGCAAAAGAGGAAAGACGCGCUCCUGCGGCCCCUCGACACAGACGACUGCCGCUUCCCGUCAGAGCAGCUCAGGCCCCUCACCGUCAUUGAUGUUGUAGCGUCCCAAUCAGCAGUUUAA